UCCGGCGGUCUGUAGCGUGAGCCAAUAGUAGCCGACUGCGGCAGGGCGGCCCUGCAAGGAAAAGUACUGUAGCCUACCCUGUAGUAGAGGGAAGUGGUGUGACAGCUCAGAGGUGUCCACGUCAACAUAGGGAACGAAAGACCGCGUCGGCAAUGGAUUCUACGUCUCUGGAACCUUCUCUCUACACAGUGAAAGCUGUUUUCAUUCUUGACAAUGAUGGCAACAGACUUCUGUCAAAGUACUAUGACCCUGAGCUUUACUCCUCCAUGAAGGACCAGAGGAACUUUGAGAAGAGCAUUUUCAACAAGACUUACAAGGCAGACAAUGAAAUAGCUUUCCUGGAGGGAAUGACAAUCGUCUAUAAGAACAGUAUCGACCUUUUCCUCUAUGUGGUCGGAAGCUGUCAAGAGAAUGAGCUGAUGCUGAUGUCUGUACUCAACUGCCUAUUUGACUGCCUCAGUCAAAUCCUGAGGUGUGAUCGUGAGUGCGACUGUUGUCUGUCUCCAUGCGCCCUGCAAUUGGCUCGCAACCAAUUCCGGGUGAACCCUGCCUCCUGCCCGUUGACAGCAGCACUCCCACGACCCUUAAAAAAUGUAGAGCGAAGGUCUUUUCUUGAAAACAUGGAAGGAGUCUUUCUCAUCGUUGAUGAAAUCAUUGAUGGGGGAGUGAUCCUGGAGAGUGAUGCCCAGCUAGUCCUUCAGAAAAUCAAUUAUCGGGUUGAUGAAAGUUCAUUAUCUGAACAAAGCGUAGCACAGGUCCUGCAGUCAGCCAAAGAUCAGAUCAAAUGGUCCAUACUGAAAUAGCAAAGAUGUCAAGCUAUCGGAUGGCAGUUUCAACAACAUGUUAACCUAAAGUUUAUUUUACACGUUAAUUGAAGGGCUUUGUUCACUGAAAUAACUUGAAGCUAGGAAGUCACAAACAUCAGUCACAUUAGGUCAAUGUUCAGAGAUUCAAAAAUAAAGCAUUUAUAAAAUGAACUCUAACUAGCUAUCUGGGAAAAAUGGAGGACUCUGUUUUGUUCUGAGCUGCUUUAUUUCAUUUGGCACAGGGUGUCUUGAAUCUCUGUAGGUUGUGAUGUAAUGUCAAGACUAUAAAGGCAUUGGUCUCAAAACAGAAGUGAAACAGUCUGGAAAAGGCAUCGUUCAAACAGCUGGAGCAUUUAACUUAUUAGGAAUGGUCAGUGCUGAUGUCUGAGAUUUAUAGAAAUUGUUUAAUUAAAAUGAUUUUCCUCAAAAUGUUAUGCAACAAAAUAUUAAAGAGGAGUUUGCAGUUAAAAAAAAACUUUCAUUGAUGUUAAAACUAUUUGACCUUUCAAUGGAAUAUUAUUAAAACAAGCCUAUAAAAAUAAUCAUCAGUUUUGGUCCUAUUUAAGGCCUCCUCUAAUUUUGAUUUUGAUUUUAAUUAUCAGAAAAUAUUCAAAUGCUUCCAUAUUACUGAACAUGACAAAAUUAUUGUUUUGUAGUUUUUUUUUCCUUGGCCAAAAGUGCCCAGUACAGUACAAAGUAGUUGUAAAUGAAAUAAAAAUGUUAACAUUUUUUUUAAAGUUUCACAUUUCACCCAAACUUAACACGUCGCUUUGCUUUUUCAUGAUCACAUUGUGACAUGCAGUACUUCUAAUUAAUGAGCUUCCGAGUUCCAAAUCCGUUGCCAAAGGAAAAUGGCUUGACAAAAACAAAACAAAAAUAUGUAAUAUAUAUAAAAUAUGUCCUGAUUAUAUUUUUUUCCUUGAUUUUUGAUUCAAAGGAUCUGCUGAUCAAGUCCCAUACUUCCAAGAAUGAAUUAAAAAAGUCUGCAUCCAAACUUUAUCAUCAACACUGAUCUAUAAAAAUGAUUUAAAAAAUCUUCAUAAAUGAACCGUGAUAUAGAGAUUACUAUGUUUUAAAUCCCACCAUGACCGAGGAAGAGACAGAAAGCUUAAACAAGAUGUCAGUGUUGACUAAAAGCAACUUUUCUGCUCGACUGAUGAGUUUAGAACCUCUUUUUGGUUUUCAACUGAUUGCACAUACCCAAAAAUACAUCAAUACCAUAUAUUGUACAUAAGUAAUACAAUAUAGAUUAUAUUAAAAAUGUAUAUGCAUUCAUCUGAGAUGACACGCUGUGGCGACCCCUAACGGGACAAGCCGAAAGGAAAAGAAGGCGAAUCAGUAUAUGAAAUCGGUACCACUUGGUGUUUUGUAACAACCAUGGCAAGUCAUGCUAGGAAUGUAGUAGCCAUGGCUAAUAUCAUAUGUUUACCUUCACGCAAGCUCAAAGUGUGCCAGAAAUGGGUGGGCAUACAUUGAAGCUCAAAUGAGGCUACAUUCAAAUCUUAGUCAAAUUAUGAAAACUGCAAACUCCCCUUUAAGUGAAGGGUAUUUUUUCAGGCUGAAUUUGUGAUUCUAUUAUUCUUUUGGACCCUAAAUCAAAAGCAAUGCCAGAAUUUCAUCAGUAAGUUAUCAGUAUUUUUCAAAUUUAUUUAUCAUUACUUUUAUCUGUUUCAAGUUAUGUCAGUCAAUAUUGUGGGUUUUUAUUUUUAACAGAUAGGUACUGACUAUUUUAUGAAAAAAAGGGUAAUUGAGUUUUGGUGGAUGUCUAAAAAAAUAUAUUGUUCUCAAUGGCUUUGUUACUCGUCAAUGAUGGUCAAUGAAAUGUUAUGAAUGUUAAGUAUAGUACAAAGGAUUUUUGUGUUGACGUUAAAUAUUUUAUAUUAAAACAAUAUUAUACUUCUACUACUACACUUUUUACUUCACUAACAAGGACGUAUGUAAGACUGGAAAUUAAAAAAAAAAAUUAAA